UCGUCUUGGUCGACAAUAAUACUUACUUACCACCACUCAACGCCGUCGUCUCAACCCGAAUCUGACUCGGUCCAAACUUUCCAUCCACAGCCAUGCUUCCAGUUCCUCUCAUCCAGCUCCAAUGCGGGGUCAACUCGUACGAAUGGGGAAAGAAGGGAAACUCGUCGCGCGCCGCCCAGUUUGCUGCCGCCUCGCUUGAUGACAACGAGUUCAAGAUUGAUGAGGAGAAGCCAUAUGCCGAGCUAUGGAUGGGCACGCAUCCCUCCAAUCCGUCCAAGGACAAACACACUGGCCGCACCCUGCUCGAGCUCAUCCAAGACAAUCAAGCUCUCCUCUCCCCCGCCAUCGCCGAGCGCUACCAAAACAAGCUGCCCUUCCUCUUCAAGGUCCUGUCCAUCCAGAAAGCCCUAUCGAUCCAGGCCCACCCCAACAAGAAGCUCGCCGAGAAGCUGCACGCCCGCGACCCCAAGAACUACCCCGAUGACAACCACAAGCCCGAGAUGGCCAUUGCCAUCAGCGACUUCGAGGGCCUCUGCGGCUUUCGUCCGUUGAAGGAGAUUGCCCACUUCCUCGACAACGUGCCUGCUCUGCGACAGCUGGUGGGUGAGGACAAGGCGAAGGCAUUUGCCGAGACUGUCAAGAGGAAUGACGGAAACGAAUCGGAGGAGGCCAUGGCGGAGAACAAGAAGGUGCUACAAAGUGCUUUUGGUGCACUCAUGGCUUCAUCUGAGGCGGACAUGACUGCUGCUGCCGAGAAGCUUGUUCAGUCGGCCAAGAGCGCCGGCGCUGAUUUCGCCGGUACCACUGUGCCCUCGCCAGGCGGUGCCAAGCUCUCUGAACUAGUCGGUCGCCUAUACGGACAAUUUGGUGCCGACUACGGCCUCUUUGUCCUUUUCUUCCUCAACUUUGUCGAGAUGAAGGCGGGUGAAGCGAUCUAUCUCAGGGCAGACGAUAUCCAUGCCUACAUCAGCGGCGACAUCAUCGAAUGCAUGGCCAGCAGCGACAAUGUUGUGCGCGCAGGCUUCACCCCCAAGUUCAAGGACGUCGACAAUUUGGUCAACAUGCUUACAUAUGACUUUGCGCCUAUCGAACAGCAGAAGAUGGAGCCCACCGACUACACCCAGGAUGUCAAGAACAAGCGCGAAGCUGGCGCGACACUGAACCAGGCUGCCAUCGACACCCAAUCAGAGAUUGUAGAGUACAACCCACCAAUCGAGGAGUUCAGUGUCAUCCGCUCGUUGCUCAAGAGCCAGGGAUCCAAGGUCACCUUCAAGCCCAUUGACGGCCCAAGCAUCAUCAUCUGCACCGAGGGUCAAGGCAAGAUUUCAGUUGGCCCCAAGGUACAGGAGAUCAAGAAGGGCCACGUUUUCUUUGUCGGCGCUACGGCCGAGUGUGUGCUCGAAAGCGAGGAUGACCAGUUUGAGACUUUCAAGGCCUUUUGCGUGCUGGACGAGCAAAGUAAUGGGAAUUGACUACCCAAGCUAUGACGGGGGAAUCACAGUCGGAAAAAAGAGGUGGGAGUAGGGCGUAUGCACCCCAAUAUCGUACAAUUUCUCUUCUCGUUGCUCAGUCAGCUAUCAGUAAUGAUUUCGAAAGCUUCACCGCCAGGCGCGGGUUCCAAGUUC